GAGAGAAAGAGACUCUAUAUAUAGAGCUUCUCUCUUCUCCAACUCCACUUUAGCAGACAAGAUCAUAGUCAAGUCAUCGAAACUGAAAAUGAGCGAGCAAGAGAUGAAGGAGAAGAAGCCAUGCGAGCUCUGCAACAACCUGGCGGCCACGUACUGCGGUUCGGACGGAGCGAACCUGUGCUGGGACUGCGACUCCAGCGUCCACGGCGCCAACUUCCUGGUCGCCAAGCACUCCAGGAACCUCCUCUGCCGCUCCUGCCAGGCCACGCCGUGGAACGCCUCGGGGCCGAGGCUCCCUCCCACAGUCUCCGUGUGCCAGAAGUGCGUCGACUGCAGGGGCUGCGACUUCCGUGGGGGUUCUGCCCGGUCGAGCUGCAGAGAAGAAGGGGGAGGCGACGGCAAAGGCACGGCGGACGGGGACGGCGACCAGGACAAUCAGGUGGUUCCUGGCGGAUCAUCUCCGGCGGCAGCACCGCCGGUGGUCACUAGCCCUUCGUCGAGGAAAGAUUGUAGCGCUUCCGGCUCAAGCACGACGGCUAUUUCAGGGAAGAGAUCGCGGGAGGAGCCAGAGCUCUGUUCUGCGUGGGGCUCAACCUCGAAUUGGAAGAAAUACAGGGUGCUCAUCAAAUGAGCCAGAGCCAGAGACGGAGACAGACAGAAGCGCUCGUUAGGGAAAGACCAGACCAUGAAGAAAUAGCUUCAAGAGCAGACAGCACAAGCCCACCAUUUUGUGGCCGGAUGUCUAGGAUGUACUCCCCCUUGGGCUGUCGAAUUUGUUCAUUGUUCGUGCUUGCUGUUGACCUUUCUUCUUUAACUAAAAGCAGAUUUGAAUGCGUUGUCGUUUGACCAGCUCAGCUGAUCAUGUUGUUGCUAGGCAUAUUUUUCCUGGUACUUUGCAUUCGUCUUGACAGGGAGUUGAACUAAAGCAGUGUUCCAUUCGUUCCUCUC